CGGUCACGUGCGCCCGAGGGGGCGAGGCCCCGAGCCGACCCGGAGAGAACUGAGCAAGCGAAGUAGCUGAGCCUGGAGUGAAUUUUCUCCAGUACCAAAAACGCUGUAGGGGGAAGCCAAGGCAGGAGCGGGCUGAGGCGUCUACAGCCGGCCUGGGGACAGCGAUCGCUACGGGUGGGGACAAAGAACUCCAAGGAAAAGUGGGAGCAGGAGCUUGGAGGUGAGCGCAGGGAGCCGCACUCGCAGCUUUUGACGCUGCCUCGGAUCUCCGUUUCUUCUGGGGCAGGCGGAGGCAAGUGUCCCGUCAGCUCUAGGGGACAGCCACCGUCCCUUAAGACUGCUGGAGUCCUCAGCACCUCUCCAGGAUUCCAGGGGAGGCUGUGGUCAUGGUGAAUGAAGAUCCUAACCAGCAGGAGCGCGAUGACACCCCUGCGCCGGAGUCCUCACUCCGAGAGGACCCCAGCGUCUCAGCCCACCCCAGCGUCUCCAUCCACCCCAGCGUCUCCGUGCAGCCCAGCAGCUCGGCCCACCCCAGUGCCUUGGCCCAACCCAGCGGCUUGACCCAACCCUGUGGUUCCAGCCCCGAAGACCUCAGCGUGAUCAAGGUGAGCAAGCGCCGCUGGGCUGUGGUCCUGGUGUUCAGCUGCUACUCCAUGUGCAACGCCUUUCAGUGGAUCCAGUACGGCGCCAUCAAUAACAUCUUCAUGCACUUCUACGGGGUCAGCGCCUUUGCCAUCGACUGGCUGUCCAUGUGCUACAUGCUGACCUACAUCCCUCUGCUCCUGCCCGUGGCCUGGCUGCUGGAGAAAUUCGGCCUGCGCACCAUCGCCCUCACCGGCUCAGCUCUCAACUGCCUGGGGGCCUGGGUGAAGUUGGGCAGCCUGCGGCCACACCUCUUCCCGGUCACGGUGUUGGGCCAGGUCAUCUGCUCCGUGGCCCAAGUCUUCAUCCUGGGCAUGCCCUCCCGCCUGGCUUCUGUCUGGUUCGGGGCUAAUGAGGUUUCAACAGCUUGCUCCGUGGCUGUUUUUGGCAAUCAGCUGGGAAUUGCGAUUGGGUUCUUGGUCCCUCCUGUUUUGGUACCGAACAUCAAAGACCGGGACAAGCUUGCCUACCACAUCAGCAUCAUGUUCUACAUAAUAGGCGGUGUGGCCACUCUCCUCUUCAUCCUCGUCAUCAUCGUCUUCAAGGAGAAGCCUAAACAUCCCCCCAGCAGAGCCCAGUCCCUGAGCUAUGCCUUGGCGUCCACUGAUGCUUCGUACUUAAGUUCCAUCGUCCGGCUCUUCAAAAACCUCAACUUUGUGCUGCUUGUCAUCACCUAUGGUCUGAAUGCUGGUGCUUUUUAUGCCUUGUCCACUCUGCUGAAUCGUAUGGUGAUCUUGCACUACCCGGGUGAGGAGGUGAAUGCUGGAAGAAUUGGCCUGACCAUCGUCAUUGCAGGAAUGCUCGGGGCUGUGAUCUCAGGCAUCUGGCUCGAUAGGUCCAAAACCUACAAGGAGACAACCCUGGUGGUCUACAUCAUGACUCUGGUGGGCAUGGUGGUCUACACGUUGACCUUGAACCUGGGACACCUGUGGGUAGUGUUCAUCACUGCCGGCACAAUGGGCUUCUUUAUGACUGGCUAUCUCCCCCUGGGAUUCGAGUUUGCCGUGGAGCUCACAUAUCCGGAAUCAGAAGGCAUGUCAUCUGGACUCCUCAAUGUGUCUGCACAGGUAUUUGGGAUCAUCUUCACCAUCUCCCAGGGCCAGAUUAUCGACAAUUAUGGAACCAUGCCUGGGAAUAUCUUCCUGUGCGUGUUCCUCACCCUUGGAGCGGCCCUCACUGCAUUCAUUAGGGCAGAUCUUCGGAGACAGAAAGCAAACAAAGAAACUCCUGAGAAUAAACUCCAGGAGGAGGAAGAGGAAGGGAGCAAUAUCAGCAAGGUGCCCACUGCCAUAUCGGAGAAUCACGUCUGACAGGGAAAGGUCACGGCGAUCCAGGGAACGUGAACACCCCACCUCUUCCUCCAGCACGGCUCUCACUGCCAGCACAAAGACCUUCACUGGAGAAGCUUUUGGAGGGAACCAGCUGGAAUAUCUGUGGCUUGGACAAUGGUGCCUAUGCCUCCUGGAACCUAUUCAAGAGCUUGGAUGAUUUAGUUGGGGAAAAUUGCACCUUUCACCAAAUGCAGCUUCGAUUCCUGCCUCUACCCAAUUUUAGGUUACGGGAGCCAGUGUUGGGAGAGGCUGGUAGAGAAAUUGGAGUCAAUCCUAGCUUGGUCCCUUGCCUUCCCUUUCACCUCCAUCCCUCAUGGAGAAUGAUUGCAAAAUUUUCACAGGAAGAAAGCUUAUUCAGGAUAUUAACUUUUUCUAGUGCCUUCAGACCCUCCCAUGAAGCCCAGCUGUAAGAAGUGCAAGCUGCCCUGCCUGGGGGUCAUUCCUCGGCCAUCAGUCUGACCACGUUCUGUGGGAGAGGAAGCUCCAUAAGAACACCAGGACUCUUGGGCCUAAAUUCUUCUGGCCUAAUAUUGGGGUCUCUCUCCAACCCCUCUCUCCUAAGAGCUGAUCAAACCAAACAUCAAUAAACUUGCCGAAAACUUCA